GUGGCAGGUCUGCGAGCUGGAGAGCCAGGGAUGAGGGGGCUAGGGUUUGGAGAUGCUUGGGGGCCAGGGCAUACGCAGCUCACAGCCUCCGCUGGCCCCAGCCAAGGUGCAGGCCGAGCUAGACGCCGUGGUGGGUCGGAUGCGCGCCCCAUGCCUGGAGGACCGUGGGCACCUGCCCUACACGAAUGCGGUGCUGCAUGAGAUCCAGCACUUCAUCACUGUGCUGCCACUGGGGAUGUCGCGUGCCGUCACCUGCGAUACCCACCUGCAUGGCCAGUUCCUGCCCAAGGUGCCCACCGAGCCUGGGGAUUCUGCAUGGGCACCGGGAAGUGCCUAUGAACCGAGAUCUGCAGGCGUGAGCGUGCGCGGCGCGCUGAUUGACUCAUGUAGCCCUGGGAGCAAGAAGGCCUGUCUUCCCACUGGCUUUUAAAUGUGUCUUGGAUGGCUGAAAGGUAGUCGCUUGCCAAGUCCACAGGUAACCCUUGUGUAUCCCCCCAGGGCACCUCCGUGAUUCCUCUGCUAGUGUCUGCACACCGGGACCCCACCCAAUUCACGGACCCAGACUGCUUCAACCCAGCCAACUUCUUGAACAACAAGGGCAAGUUCCAGAGCAAUGACGCUUUCAUGCCCUUUGCCUCAGGUCCGAGUCAGGCAGGGAGGGGACCAGCCUGGACAGGCCCUGGGGCACAUGGGGUUCUCAUCCCACAUCCUUGUGUCCCCAGGAAAGCGAAAUGUGCCCGGGUGCAGGCCUGGCCAGAUCAGAGAUCUUCCUCUUCCUCACUACCAUCCUGCAGCAGUUCCGCCUGCUCCCUGUGGGGAGCCCCACUGGCCUCACCCCACAGCACACUAGCCUGGGCAACAUCCCCCCACCGGUCUUCCAGCUCCGCCUGGUGGCCCGCUGACGUCAAGUGAGCCACAAGGAGGACUCUCAGACCUCCUU